UUUUUCUCUCACGCUCUUUUCAAUCUGCGGCAUCUUCGAAUUUCAAUUCACCUUCCAUUCGUUCAUUUUUAGCCCAACUUGCUCCUUUCAAAAUGAAGACUUCCACCAUUUUUGCCCUGGCUGCCGCCGGGGGUGCUCAGCUUGCUGCGGCUCAUAGCACAGUCUACGCCAUUUGGGUUAACGACGUUGACCAGGGCCUAGGAAACAGCGCCAGUGGUUAUAUUCGUUCCCCUCCAAACAACAACCCUAUCACUGAUGUCACAUCCGACGGCAUGACCUGCAACUUGAAUAACGAGGCGACGGCCAAGACCAUAGAGGUGAAGGGUGGGGACAAGAUUACGUUCGAGUGGCACCACAACAACCGUGAUGCUUCCGACGACAUCAUUGCUGAAUCUCAUCACGGCCCCGUUAUGACCUAUAUUGCCCCAACCGAAUCCAACGGAAAAGGCGACGUCUGGCUCAAGCUCGCUGAGGAUGGCUUCGCUGACGGCGCUUGGGGGGUUGAUCGCUUGAUCCAGAACAAGGGCAAGCACAGCAUCACGCUCCCUGAAUUGGCCGCGGGAGAGUACCUCCUCCGACCUGAGAUCAUCGCUCUCCACGAGGGCAACCGCCAAGGCGGUGCUCAAUUCUACAUGGAGUGCGUGCAGAUCAAGGUCACCUCCUCUGGUUCCAUCACCCUCCCAGCUGGUGUUGCGAUCCCCGGAACCUACACUGCAACUGACCCGGGCGUUCUAUUCGACAUUUACAACUCGUUCACCUCAUAUCCAAUUCCGGGCCCUGCCGUCUGGGAUGGAGCCACCUCCGGAGGAUCCACGGGCGGUGGUGCUUCUUCUGCUGCCCCCGCCUCCAGCGCUGCGCCUGCUACAUCUGCAGCCCCAGUUGCUUCGUCUGCUCCCGCAUCGCAGCCCGGCCGUACGACAUUUGUCACUUCAGUUGUUGCCAUCACGACCACCGUCCAGCCAAACCAAUCCAGUCCGUCAUCUGGUGCAGGCGCAGCUGUGGCGAAGUGGGGCCAGUGCGGUGGUAAGAUGUAUACAGGAAGCACGGCGUGCGUGUCCGGCUCGACCUGUCAGGUGCAGAACCCCUACUACUCGCAGUGCUUGUAGAUAUUUUCACUCCCAAGCAUUGGUACUCACAUUUCAUGCAUGACCAGGCGUCGAGAUGGAUGGGAGAUGCAUUGGUUUUCUUCAUUUUGAUUUUGAGCAAUAUUUUC